UGCAUUGAAAAGGGACAUAACAUUUAGCCUUUCGUGAAGACCGACGGGGAUCUGAGCAUCUUAAUUAUUGCAUAGUUUUAAUUUGGUACCAUGGACAGCACCUUUGACCGUCUCGACGCCGGCUCCUUUCUACAAAUUUGGAAGCAUUUUGACGCAGAUGACAAUGGCUUUAUUGAGGGGAAAGAGCUGGAUGAGUUUUUCCGUUUCAUCAUGAACAAACUUAGGCUAAGUGAAGAAGAAACCGAGGAUAAACUGCGAAGACUGAAAGACAACUUCAUGUCAGUAUACGACACAACCACGGAUGGUCGCUUACAAAUACAAGAGCUGGCCAGCAUGCUCCUGCCUGAAGAUGAAAACUUCUUGCUCCUUUUUCGCAGAGAGACUCCUCUAAACAGCAGUGUGGAGUUUAUGAGGAUUUGGAGGAGCUACGAUGCAGAUGGCAGUGGUUACAUUUCAUCCGGAGAGCUCAAGAACUUUCUUCAUGAUCUCUUCCUGCAACACAAGAAGGAAAUCUCAUCGGACAAACUCCAGGAGUACACGGAUACGAUGAUGCUGCUGUUUGACAAAAACAGAGAUGGUCGUCUGGAUCUGAAUGAUUUAGCCAGAAUCUUGGCGCUUAAAGAGAAUUUCCUCUUGAAAUUUGAGAUGGAGGCAUGCUCUCAAGAGGAAAGAAGGAGGGAUUUUGAGAAGAUUUUUGCUCAUUAUGAUGUGAGUAAAACAGGAGAAUUGGAGGGGCCUGAGGUGGAUGGCUUUGUGAAAGACAUGAUGGAACUUGUAAAGCCGGACCUCACUGGCACCGACCUGGACAAGUUCCGCAAGGCGUUGCUGGGCCAUUGUGAUGUCAACGGAGACGGAAAGAUCCAGAAAAAUGAGCUGGCACUGUGUCUAGGGCUCAAGGGCAUCUAGGGCUCAAGCUUAGCUCCUAAUGUCGUCUCAAGCUCAACUUCUACACUUCUUCACAGUUCAGGGAACAACUGAACAUGUUUAUACCAUCAAUCAUCAUUUGCUACUGUACGUUUACAUGAGACAUUUAAUUCAGAAUUAACUGAUUUAUAAUCUGAAUAAUACGUAAUUCUGCUUUGAAAACGUCAUGUAAACACCUCUUACCUGUAAUUCGGAAUUAAUUGAAAGAUCAAAGCAAACUCGACGGAACUAUUUAAAUCGGAAUGAUUAAUUCGGAAUUAAAACCAUCAUG